AUGAAAGUCCAGCGAGCAUUCUCCCUUCUAGUAGCGUUUGUAAUGUCUUCAAAGACAAGUGCUGCACUGGCGAGCUCUCAUAAUUCAACAUAUACGAAUCCCAUUCUCCCUGGCUGGCACUCAGACCCAAGCUGUCUCUUCGUCGCUGAAGAAAACAACACAUUCUUUUGUACGACAUCGAGCUUCCUUACCUUUCCAGGAAUCCCAAUCUAUGCCAGCCAGGACUUACGUCAUUGGAAGUUGGUCAGCAAUGUGUUUACACGCCCCGAGCAAGUUCCAGAGAUUGCAAAUAGCACCUCACAAACCCAACAAGACGGUCUAUGGGCUUCUACAAUACGAUACCGCAACGGAAAAUUCUACCUCGUCACUUCGUAUGCCUCCACGUAUCCGUCUUUUAAGGUAGUUUCGGGGUUCCUUUUUACAUCGACAAAUGUUUAUUCCGACGAUUCUUGGACUGAUCCGGUAAGGUUUGCGAUUCGCGAUAUAGAUCCUGAUCUGUUCUGGGAUGACGAUGGUACGGCAUACAUUUCAAGGGCGGGUAUUGUGCAGCAAACUAUAGAUCUAAAGACAGGUGUCCUUGGACCGGAAACUAAAAUUUGGGGUGGCACAGGCAGUGCGACUCCGGAGGGUCCGCAUAUUUAUAAGAGGGAUGGCUGGUACUAUCUCAUGAUUUCGGAGGGAGGUACCGAGCUUAAUCAUCGUGUGACAAUUGCUCGAUCCAAAAAAGUCAGUGGUCCGUAUGAGGGUUAUAGCGGAAACCCCAUACUGACAAACAGCAACACGACGGAAUAUUUCCAGACUGUUGGCCAUGCGGAUCUCUUCCAGGAUGGUGACGGUAAUUGGUGGGGAAGUGCUUUGGCAACCCGCUCGGGUCCAGCUUGGAGGGUCUAUCCCAUGGGUCGGGAGACUGUUCUCUUUGCUGUGACAUGGGAGGAAGGCGAAUGGCCCAUACUCGAGCCUGUUCAAGGGCAAAUGACGGGAUGGAGACUGCCACGGCCUUCUAAAGGCGAGGGUAUACCGGGUAAAGGAGCAUACGUUGAUGCUCCAGAUCGUAUCACGUUUGGUCCUGGGACUUCAAUUCCGAGACACUUUCUUUACUGGAGGAUCCCGAAAGAAGGUAGUUUUACCGUAUCACCACCAGAAAGUCCACAUUCACUGCGCUUGCUGCCUUCAUCUCAGAAUAUAACUGGAACUGGUAUCCCCGGCGUGGAUGUGAACGAAACAGACAUAACACUGAUUACACGCCGUCAAAGCCAUACAUACUUUACUUACAGUGUUGAUAUAACGUAUGCUCCCACAGAAGCAGGGGAGGAAGCUGGUGUGACUAUCUUCUUAACACAAGAUCAACAUAUUGAUCUGGGAAUUGUGCUACUUUCGUCUGGAGGAAAUUUGGUUCCACAUGUCCGUUUCCAGACAACUCUACUGAACGACUUGGACACGCUAGCAACCCAAAAUGUGACAGUUCCAGGGACUGUAGUCGCACCCUUACCGUCCUUGUCCUCUAAAGAGAUUCGGGCUCGAUUGCAGGUUCAGGCAAAGGAUGACACUCAUUAUAUUCUGUCUGCUACGCUUCACGAAGACAAACAAUUCGAGUUUACUCAGACGGUGGAAGCUGUACUAGUCAGUGGUGGGACAGGAAGGUUUACUGGAACUCUCCUUGGGGCAUACGCCACGAGCAAUGAAGGCUCGGGUUCCACUCCAGCUUAUAUCACACAAUGGCAAUAUGAAGGGCAGGGGCAAAAGAUUUCAUAA